AUGCACCAUCUUACUAAUGCUUCACAUGAUCUCUGUUAAUAAUCUUAAGUAAUUGAAUAAUAAAUAAAACAAACACAGGAUGUGUUGAAGAAGCUUGUGAAAAUUCUUUGGCCUUAUCUAUUUAUGAUAAAGAUGCUAGUCAUAAGGACUGUAUUUGGAAAGAAAAAUGUUUUAAAAAUUAAUGUAAAUUAACAUCAUUUGAGUGUUAAACUUAUCAUCCAAUCUGUACUUUAAGUAAUACAGGAUUUAGAUGUGUUUACUUACUUUAAAUGUGAAGUUAUUAAAAUAUAAGGUGCCUGUCAUAUUAUAGCUAAUGGUUAACAAAUUUGGGUGGAAUGGAUCUGUAUGUAUAAAAAAGCUUUGACUACUGCCUCAAUAUAUUUACAACUACUUCAAAAUGCCGAAAUCAUUUAUAAUAAAUUAAUAAUUAUUAUUAUUUAUAAAAAUUUGUGUGGCUAACAGUCUAUUUAAUGGAUCAAUUUAAUGAUGUAAAGAUUUACCUACAACUUGUACAGCUAGAAAAUCAUCAUAAAAAUGAGAAAUUGUAAGAAUGGAUUCCCUCCAUGUUAUGGGUUGCUUCUCUUGUGCUAAUAAUACUGCAAGAACAGAAGCUUUAUCAAAUGAAGCUUUAACUAAUCCUUUA